UCCAUUCCGCUCGCAUCGCACAAGCUCACACACGCACCAGUCGUCCGACAGUGAAGAAGCCCCAAGUGUUUCCUCCUUCUCGAAUUUUCCGGCUCACUAAUUUUUUUGCGUCCCUAGCGGUCAAGCUCACGGUCAUCAUGUCUGACACCGGCAACAACCAGGAAUCAAAACAAGAUGGGGGAGAUGGAUCAGAAUACAUUAAGUUGAAAGUCGUAGGUCAGGACGCCAAUGAAAUUCAUUUUCGGGUAAAGAUGACCACUCAAAUGGGAAAGUUGAAAAAGAGCUACGCCGAAAGAUUGGGUGUACCACAGUCUUCGUUACGAUUCCUAUUUGAUGGCAGACGCAUCAACGACGACGAAACGCCAAAACAGCUGGAAAUGGAGGCUGAUGACGUCAUCGAGGUCUACCAAGAGCAGACUGGAGGGUGGUAGACUUAGUUAUUCCUUUUAAUUUGAUUCGUCAUCAUCACGUGUGUGGAGUGUUAAUUUUCGGAUUUUUUGUCCACAAGCAUUCUCCAUAUAAGUUAUACACACUUUUGUCUUCGUAUAUACAUUAAUAAACAUUGUUUAUAUUUCAGUUUUUGAAUUAAGUA